UUACGGCCGUCGUGCUUCACGCAUCAGCCAACAUGGAGGUAGAGAAAUCGGAGAAGGCAGAGCCGCAGCAGGAGCCGCUGGAAGGUACAGACGAGAAACUAGCGGCGCAGGAGGAGCCGGAGGAGUCCGAAGAAGCGGCUUGCGGUCGCAAGAAGCGGGUGGUGCCGGGUAUUGUGUACCUGGGCCACAUACCGCCGCGCUUCCGGCCCCUGCACGUCCGCAACCUUCUCAGUGCCUACGGCGAGGUCGGACGCGUUUUCUUCCAGGCCGAGGACCGGUUCGUGAGACGCAAGAAGAAGGCAGCGGCGGCUACGGGAGGAAAAAAGCGGUCCUACAGCAAGGACUACACCGAGGGCUGGGUAGAGUUCCGUGAUAAGCGUAUAGCCAAGCGCGUGGCGGCUAGUCUACACAACACACCCAUGGGUGCCCGCAGGCGCAGCCCCUUUCGUUAUGACUUAUGGAACCUCAAGUACUUGCACCGUUUCACCUGGUCCCACCUAAGUGAGCAUCUUGCCUUUGAGCGCCAGGUACGCCGACAGCGUCUGAGAGCAGAGGUUGCUCAGGCCAAGCGUGAGACUGACUUCUAUCUCCGAAGUGUGGAGCGGGGACAAUGCUUCCUUGCUGCUGAUGGGGAUCCUGCACGCCCGGAUGGCUCCUGGACAUUUACCCAGCGUCCUACUGAGCAGGAGCUGAGGGCCCGGAAAGCAGCACGGCCAGGGAAUCGUGAACGGGCUCGCUUGGCUACUGCUCAGGACCAGGCCCGCUCCAACCGAGGGCUCCUUGCCAAGAUCUUUGGAGCCCCACCACCUUCAGAGAGCAUGGAGGGACCCUCCCUGGCCAGGGACUCCUGAGGGACAGGGAGGCCCCUUCCAUCUCCUGCCACUGAUUACUUUCUGUCUGUACCUCAUACUAGAAUGAUAAUGACUACACAUGAAGGCGUUUUAUUGUGUUUGAGACCAAGUGUUUCUGAUGAGGACCCAGACAUGGAAGUUUUGUGAGCUUCCCUUUCUCCACUGCCUGACUCCUGUAGGUGCUGAGCAGAGUCACUUAAUUCAUGGUCGCAUGAUUAUGACUAUUACAGAUGCCUGUUUUGCUUGACUUUUAGUUGCCUGCCUCCAUCCUAGUGAGAUCAUCUAAAGAUCCCUGGCCCAGGAAGGGCCUUUAUUUCCAACUAGAAUGAUAGUGCCUAGUCUAAGCACUAAUCUUGUUAUGUUUAGCAACAAUAGGUAAGGGCGGUGGCAGCAGCAUCCUUUUUAUUUAGAAAAAAAUUAACAUAUAUAGGAGUUAAUGGGGGUGGGACUGGGUUGGGAACCACCUUCCAAAUGUAUUUACAGAAAAUAACAAAUAUAUUUUUAUAUGCUUUUUUAGUUAAAUUGGGGAGGUUGUCAUUGGACAAGUUCCAACUUUCAUCUCCUGUGUUCCAUUUACCUUUCCUCUGUCUCCUGAUUUUAGAGCCCCUUCCUUCCUCCCAUUUUACCUGGGAUUUUUUUUCUAUUUUAUUUUUGUCCAUUUAGUUUCUUAGCUGCUGUGUCCUGCGAGGCAGGGUGGUAAAGGAUCCUGAAAGAGGAACAGCGUGGUAUAACACAAUUCACAAAACACUUUUAGAACUAGAAGGUGGGGGAACCAGGGGGCACUUUGCCUCACAGGUCAAAGGCCCCGAGUCUCUUACCCACCGGACUUUUAAUAGUAUAAAAUGACAUAGUUAAGUAAGCAUUUAAGGAUGAAGUACAAGCAGUACAAAGGAAACUUUUUGGUAUGGUCUCAGAAAGCUUCUUGCAAUAAAAUGUGACUGUUUACAGGGCAUAGUGUAGCUGCUUGCUAAACGAUGUGGUUAGUGCAUAACUUCUUACUUCGUCUAACACAAAAGACACUGUACUUCAGAACUUGCCUCAGCAUAUAUGCCUAUCUGGCUUUGCCAUCAUGAGUAUUCUUGGCUGGCUGUUACUUUGCACAUAUGCCAAGUUUUUUUUACAGCAGGGUUCAAGCAGGGCAGUGGUCUCCAACACUGAGCCUAGUUUAUCAGUCAGUUAUCUAAUUCAGUGUUUACUAAGUCACUGUGUGAGGAAACAGUGACAGUGGGUAGUGACACAUGGCCCUUGAGAUUAAGAGUCUUAUAGGCCACUAGAAUAAGAUAGAUAUCAUGGUAUAUGCAUAGAAGGGGUAGAUAGGGUGGGGACCAUGGCAAGGUGUGGAAUGCUUUCAGCGUGAGCCUGGUUCAUGAUCACAGUCUUCAGAGAUGGGUUAGUCUUCACCAAAUUUUCCAGGUCAUUUCCGGAAAGUAAACCGAGAGAUUGACAGGAAAAGUCUGAAAGAGCUUCGUGUGCUCCUACAGUUGCAAACAGUGCUCCUUCAUGGAUGGAGUGUUGAGUUGGAACCAUUAUAAUAUUGGACAGAACCUAGGGGGAAAGUUAGGGAUAGAUGCCCUUCAGGUGCAGUUAUAUGUGUUGGGGGUUAAACAAGGGAGGUUUCACAAACACAUGGAAAGCAGCCCUGUAGGCUUCAAAGAAACAGUAUAAGCCACUGGGGAAAUGAAAACCUAGGUGUCAUACUAAGAAGUCUACACACAAUCUCAUGUGGAUUAAAAACUGAUUUAUCCAGGCUGUUAACUUCGGGAAGUUGUAAAGUGUGAUUAUAAUUAUUUGAAUUUUCAUAAGCAGACCGUGAACAUUUACCAUAAUACUAUAAGAAAGGGAUUGGCAG